AUGUUCGCGACUCGCCACGUCACCCGCUCGGUCUUCGGCGCCGCCCAGCGCAGAGCGUUCUCCGCGACCGCUGCCAAUGCCACCAAAGUCGCCGUGCUCGGUUCUACCGGUGGUAUUGGUCAACCACUCUCCCUCCUCCUGAAGCUCAACCCUAGAGUCAGCGAGCUCGCCCUGUACGACAUUGUCGGUGGACCGGGUGUUGCAGCGGACAUCUCUCACAUCAACACCAAGAGCAAUGUCAAAGGUUACGCCCCCGACGCGGCGGGCAUCAAGGAGUGCUUGACUGGCGCCGAGAUCGUGCUCAUCCCAGCUGGUGUGCCACGAAAGCCUGGCAUGACCCGUGAUGACCUCUUCAACACCAACGCCUCCAUCGUCCGCGACCUCGCCAAGCACGCCGCUGAGAACUGCCCCGACGCCGCCAUUCUCAUCAUCUCCAACCCAGUCAACAGCACCGUCCCCAUCACUCGCGAGGUCUUCAAGAGCAAGGGUGUCUACAACCCCAAGAAGCUCUUCGGUGUCACCACCCUCGAUGUCGUUCGCGCCUCGCGCUUCAUCUCCCAGCUCAAGAACACCGACCCAGCGAACGAGAACAUUGUUGUUGUCGGAGGCCACUCCGGUGCUACCAUCGUCCCGCUCCUGAGCCAGUCCGGAUACAGCUUGGAGGGCAAGCAGCUCGACGACUACGUGCACCGCGUGCAGUUCGGUGGUGACGAGGUCGUGCAGGCGAAGGACGGCAAGGGCUCUGCCACGCUCUCCAUGGCCAUGGCUGGCGCGCGCUUCGCCGAGUCGCUGCUCAAGGCCGCGCAGGGCCAGAAGGGCGUCAUUGAGCCCACGUUCGUGGAGUCGGACCUCUUCAAGGACCAGGGCUGCGACUUCUUCGCGUCGAACGUCACGCUCGGCCCGAACGGUGUUGAGGAGAUCCACCCGGUUGGCAAGAUCACCGAGUUCGAGCAAGGCUUGCUCGAUAAGUGUGUGUCGGACCUGAAGGGCAACAUCUCCAAAGGUGUUGAGUGGGCCAAGGCCAACCCGUAA